CAGCCUUUCAGGGUUCCUGCAAUUAGAGGGGCAACCAGCAGGGAAGGCAUUCGAUAGGUGCCCAUACUCAUAGCCAAGGAGGUAUGGAAGGCAAGGGGGGCGCUUCGUCUGCCAAUUUGGGAGAUGAGACGAAACUGCAAAAAGCUCAGGAGAAGGCGGUUUGGGCCAAGACUAUGCAGAAUCUGCAGCUCAGGCUUAAAGCCCAUGAGCGUGAGAUGGAGAUUUUGUACAGCGGGAAAGCGAGCACAGGAAAUGAGGAGCUGCAGCGGAUUGCAGAGGCGGUGAAAGAGGCUGCGGUGGCUAGGCAGAGGCUAGAUGAACGGAUGGCCGAUCGGCUGGAGCGUGUUCAGUCGGACGUUCGGACGCUGCAAACCCUGGUGUCCAACAUUCGGACGGGUCCGGAGUACAUGGACGAGCUGGCGCGGACGAUGGAUGCGAGCGAGGCUGACAUCAGCGCACUCAAGGAGGAGCAGCAGGACAGUUACGACACCCUCUGCCGGCACGAGCGCGUUCUUUCAAAGGAGAUCGACGGCUUUGGUUCACGCCUCGAGUCUUGGGAUCGCGGUCCCUCGUCUCCAGAGGCCCUCCCCGCACGGACGAGAAGCGCUCCUCUGGGGGGGCGGUCCAAGGGGGCAAAAGAGGGGGGGGGACUGUUGCCGGAGGUGGAAGAGUACGAAGAGUUCGUCGAACGGACGGGGCUGAUGGGGGGCUGGGAUCCGGUGGACCAUAAGCGGUUUCUUCGGAUCUUAGCGGAGCAUGGGGGCGAUUACAGCCUCUCGGUCCAGCCCGCCGUCGCGGAGCUUCUGCUUUUCGACCGGAAGGAAAUCAUCGCCCACUGUCGCUGGCACGCCGAAUUUGAAGAGCUUGCCAAGCGCAAGCGGGGCGCUAUCAUGGCGUGGCGGGCGCAGAAAGAGGAAGAGAAGGCGGCCGCAGUAACUGCCGGCCUGCUCCAGUCGACGAGUGUCAAAAAGUCCGAAGAGGAACGGGACGAGGCGGAGCGCGCGGCCGAGCGGGAGCGGCAAAGAAAGCGGGCGCAGCUGCAACAAUGGAAGGCAGAAAAGGAGGCCGCCGAGCGGGAACGGAGAGACGCGGAGGCGGCGGCAGAGGCGCAGGCGCAGUCAGGAGCCAAAGAGGCGGAACAGCGGAAAAAGGCGCAACUAAGGGAGGCCGUAGCGGUGUUCAAAGAGAAGCAGAAGCAGGCAGAGGAGGAAAGACAGCGGACAGCGGAGGAGGAAGAGGAGCGGCGGAAACGAGAAGCGAGCGGGAUCGAGGCCGAACUCAGGAGAAGGAGAGAACGGGACCUGGCGGCUGUAUACGAGCGGCGGGCGUCCGAGCAGGAUCGGGUGCAGCAGGAGCAGCAGCAGAAGGAGGCGCGCCUCGAGCGGCUGCGGAGGCCGGUGCAAAUAGUCGUGGACCGGGACCCACAUCGUUUGCUCAAGGAAACGGCAUCUCUUAUCAAUCGGAAGUCGCCUCAAGGAGAAGAGGAGUCCAAAUUGUUUGUCGACAAGGUGGUCAACGUGCGGUAUCACCAAACAAAGGCGCUACCGACUUGGAGGCAGGUGGAGAACUGACGUCACGCUGACCGCGAUUUGCCACGUUUGGGGUCAACCGGGCAGAGUGUAUCUUUGCUCGCGAUGUCUGACUGCACGUCAAUGUGCCUGCCAGCUCAAUGUGUUCGUAUUAGAGCUUGUGCAGGCGUGUAGCAGGACCCACGUCGAGACUCUGCACUCCAUGCAUGCCUGGCAUGUGCCGUCUCAACAUAUACCCGAAUUGAAAACCUCAGUACGCU